UUACAAGAGCAGGCAGCUAGUAUCACUAGCUCCGCAAUCCAAUCCGAUCGACACAGCCGACAUGCUGAGGUUACUGCUCAUUUGGGCAGCGAUCUUGGGCUGCUGCCAUGGGCAGUCCGAAGUGUCCCGGAGGAACAGCCUCCUGAAGGUGAUGUCACCGCCGGAGCUCGAGGGCACGUACGGCUGUGCCAGUGCCGACUUCGGUUUCCCGCAGCACGCUGGCUCCAUGACUGGCGUGGUCGUCUACCCAAGGCCCAACACGAUGGCCUGCAUGAACUUCGAUGACUUUGGCAUCUCUUUCCGUUCGCGUCGAGCUGGCGGGCCUCCUGUUAUCUUGCUCGUAGACAGGGGAGGUUGUUACUUCACAACCAAGGUGCAGAAUGGGCAGAAAGCAGGAGCAGCAGCAGUCCUUAUUGUUAAUCACAGAAAUGAACCUUUAUUUGCAAUAGACGAACCAGAAAGUGGAGAGACAACACUCGAUUUACACUUACAGGAUAUUACCAUUCCUUCAGCACUUAUAACCAAAAGCCUUGGGGAGAGUCUAAGGAAAGCAAGUAACAAUGGCGACUUGGUUAAUGUAAACUUGGACUGGGAGGAGUCCCGGCCGCACCCUCAUGAGCGUGCCGAGUAUGAAUUUUGGACAAACGGUAACGAUGAAUGUGGUCCAAAAUGCGAUGAGCAAGUUGAUUUCCUGAAGAGAUUCAAAGGUGUAGCCCAGACACUCGAGAAGAAGGGCUAUACACAGUUCACUCCUCAUUACAUUACUUGGUAUUGCCCAGAGAACUUUGUCUUAAGCAAGCAGUGCAAGUCCCAAUGUAUCAACCAUGGGAGGUAUUGUGCGCCAGACCCGGAACAAGGUUUCAGCAAAGGGUACGAUGGGAGAGAUGUGGUGCUUCAGAACUUAUAUCAAAUUUGUGUGUUCAAAGUUGCAAAGAAGACUGGGAAGCCUUGGUUAUGGUGGGACUAUGUGACUCAUUUUGCUAUUAUGUGCCCAAUGAAGAAAAAGAUGUACACUCAUGAAUGUGCUUCCGGAGUAAUCAGAUCACUUGGCCUUAGUCAGAAAGCAGUUGACAUGUGUGUUGGUGAUCCUCAUGCGGACGAGGAUCAUCCUGUGCUAAAAGAUGAGCAAGAUGCACAGAUUGGCAAGGGUUCUCGCAGUGAUGUUACUAUGUUACCAACACUUGUAAUCAACAAUAGGCAAUACAAAGGGAAACUUGAAAAAGGAGCAGUUCUUAGAGCUCUCUGCGCCAGCUUUCGAGAAAAUAAUGAACCAUCUGUUUGCUCAAACGAAGAAGAAGACAUACAAACCAAUCAAUGCUUGGACAACAAUGGCGGUUGUUGGCAAGAUAUGGCUGCUAACGUGACUGCGUGCAAGGACACCUCCACUGGAACAGUUUGUGAAUGUCCAGUUUUGCAAGGUGUGAAGUACAUUGGUGAUGGUUACAACCACUGCGAAGCUCCCAUGUAUGUCCAGAUAGAGACCAUCAAUCAAGACUGGCCCCAGCCGAUCAAGAUCCGUAAUACCCAUACAUAUUCUUCUUAUUUAACAGAGGUUGUCCAUAAGGCCAUUUACAACCUCUUUUCAGGAAUAUUUGUGGCACAUAAGGUGUUCUAAUAAGAUCUGCAAGGUAUUGUGGUGAUGUGUGAUAUUUUUCCGAUUGAUACGACAUGUACGUUUGACAGUUAUGUGAAGAACAUGGCAUGAAGGUGGUUUCUGUCACAAGUUUGCUACUUGCUCUUGCUAUUGUUUAAUGUCAUAAUCUAUAGCCUUA